UUCUUCUUUUUUUCCCAAAGUCUUUAAUGUCUUCUGGACUUUAUAGAAGACAGCUUUUUAUAUGUUAUCUUCACUUUCGAACGACUUUCCUUCCUAACAUAUCCCAAAACCUAUCUCUUUAAUUUAUUCCUAUCGUACUUACAGCUUUUAUUAAAAAAACUUUCUUAUUUUAAUCACUAAACAAUUAAUAAAACAUUUAUUUAUGAUUUUUCAUUUUCGUUAAAGCUCUUUUAUUAAAAACUUAAUCACAACAAAUUUAUUAAUCUUAAAUUUGACCUUAGGAUAAAAUUUAUAUAUUAAUCUUAUAUCUGUUAUACAUUAAAUAAACUUUAAUUUCUGCGCAACAAACUAAUUUAUUAUUUAUUUCUUGUCUCUGUCUUUGUAGUUUUAGUAUAAAUAAAGCCAUUUUGCUCCGAGGAACUUCUCAUUCAGUCGGACCAACUUGUGACCGAAGAAAGCAAAUUGAGACUACGCACCAACUAGUCCUUUGGUUUGUAUCUUAAGAUAAAGGUUUCUUUUAUGGACGGUUCUUCGUUUCUCGACAUCUCUCUCGAUCUCAACACCAAUCCUUUCUCCGCAAAACUUCCGAAGAAGGAGGUCUCAGUUUUGGCUUCUACUCACUUAAAGAGGAAAUGGUUGGAGCAAGACGAGAGCGCAAGUGAGUUACGAGAGGAGCUAAACAGAGUUAAUUCAGAGAACAAGAAGCUAACAGAGAUGUUAGCUAGAGUCUGUGAGAGCUACAACGAACUACAUAAUCAUUUGGAGAAGCUUCAGAGUCGCCAGAGCCCUGAAAUCGAGCAGACCGAUAUACCGAUAAAGAAAAGAAAACAAGACCCGGAUGAGUUCUUAGGCUUUCCUAUUGGACUCAGUAGUGGAAAAACUGAGAACAGCUCCAGCAACGAAGAUCAUCAUCAUCAUCAUCAGCAACAUGAGCAGAAAAAUCAGCUUCUUUCAUGUAAAAGACCAGUCACUGAUAGCUUCAACAAAGCAAAAGUUUCGACUGUCUACGUGCCUACUGAAACAUCGGACACAAGCUUGACAGUUAAAGAUGGAUUUCAAUGGAGGAAAUACGGACAAAAGGUUACAAGAGACAACCCGUCACCUAGAGCUUACUUUAGAUGCUCGUUUGCACCGUCUUGUCCAGUAAAAAAGAAGGUACAACGCAGCGCAGAGGAUCCAUCUUUACUUGUAGCGACAUACGAAGGGACGCAUAACCACUUGGGUCCAAAUGCUUCUGAAGGGGAUGCUACAAGCCAGGGUGGGUCAAGCACAGUGACUUUGGAUCUGGUUAAUGGCUGUCAUAGACUAGCGUUGGAGAAAAACGAAAGGGAUAAUACGAUGCAAGAGGUUCUGAUUCAACAAAUGGCGUCAUCGUUAACAAAAGAUUCGAAAUUUACAGCUGCUCUUGCUGCUGCUAUAUCUGGGAGGUUAAUGGAGCAAUCUAGAACAUGAACGUUUUUAGUGAAUGUAUUGUUUUUGUUUGUUUAGAAUGAUUCUUCGUUUUCGAAUUGUGUCUUUCGAUUAGGAGAUAAAAGAUGUAUAUAAAUAUUAUAAGUAGAUGAAGAAAUCGUAUAAGUAUUCGAGAAACUUUAAAUGUACGAAUUCUAUAUAACCAGUUAGAUGUCGUCUGAAUACUGUAUAUGAAAAUUUUGAAAUAAAUGAUGUGGUUAAAAAAGGGUCACCAUAAAUAUUCAAUCACAAUAGUCUCUUUCAUUUAUUGGAAAUUUGGAGUCAUUUGAG